UUGUGCUUAGUGCUUCGAAAUUAUUCGCGUUGUAGUCGCUUUUACCCUUACGCCUUACACUCUUCUUCCUCCUACUCCUCCUCUGCUGGUGCUGGUGCUGCUGCUGCUUCAAUAGCCUUUCACUCUCUUCAUGCAAUAUGUCACUUGCGCAACCAACCUACUCACAACAGCACCUUUUCAACAAGUGCCGUUGCGCGCUUCGCACGGACAUGUGGCAUCACCGAACCACCAAUUGAUGCACACAGGCCGAGAUGUCUCGGCCCUACUUAUGUACCGACGUUGCAUGGAUCAAUGAUCCGCCUCAUCUUUCUUUAUGUGCCUCUACCGGCGAUGAUGUGGUUGGGAGUUUAUGUGCAGUCACCUACGCCAUCCCACCACUCCUACGCUUGCAACAGUAGUGGGUGUGCGGGAUGCAGGUUCCGACGCCACAUUGUCACUAUAAAAGCGACGAGCAAUGUUGAGGGUGGAGAAGAUGGUGGCUCUGCAUAG